CACUAGCUAUUGAUAAUAUCAUGGAAUCCUUGCCAAUAUUAUCCUUGUCAAGUUUACUCUUCAUCACUAAUUUGUUAGUCUCUCUAGUUUUGAUGAUUAUAUGUAUUCUUCGUAUGAAAUUGAUUUCAUUUCAAUCGAAUACGAAUAAAAACUUACCACCGUCACCACCAAGACUUCCGAUCAUUGGCAACUUCCAUCAAUUAGGCUCAAACCCGCAUUACUCUCUCAAAGAAUUGUCACAAAGACACGGUCCAAUCAUGCUUCUUCGCCUUGGUAGCGUACCUAUGCUUGUAGCAUCUUCUUCUCAAGCAGCCCAAGAGAUCAUGAAAACCCACGACAUAUCAUUCUCUAGUCGACCCAACUCACAUAUCCUAAACAUAUUGUUGUAUGGUUGUAAGGAUAUCGCGUUUUCUCCAAAUAAUGAAUAUUGGAGGCAGUUGAAAAGUAUUGUGGUGUCACAUCUUUUAAGUAACGCACAAGUUAAGUCAUUCCAAAAGGUGAGGGAAAAAGAGAUAGGUCUUGUGAUCGAGUCACUUAACGAUAGUUGUGGUUCUUCGGUUGAUAUGAGUGCGUUGCUUGUUUCUCUUGCGGAAAAUGUGAUGUGUAGGGUGGCACUUGGGAAGAAAAUUGAUGGAUUAAAGCUUACAAGUUUGUUAAGAAGGUAUCUAAAUAUGUUUAAUCUUUUUAGUGUUGGGAGUUAUAUUCCAUGGUUAUCAUGGGUAGAUCAACUCACUGGUUUAGUAGGCAAAGCGGAAAAAGUUGUUAACGAAUUUGAUGAGUUUCUUGAAGAUGUUAUUAGAGAGCAUGAGAACAAGAAGAAAUUAGAUGAAGAUAAUGUUGAGUUUGAGGAAGGGAAAGACUUCAUCGAUAUGUUACUAAGCGUCCAAAAAGAUGUAACGAUGGGAUUUGCUUUUCAAAAAGACACCAUUAAAGCCGUGAUCUUGGACAUAUUCGGCGGUGGAAUUGACAGUGUUUUUACAAGUAUGGAGUGGAUAAUGAGCGAGCUAGUAAAACACCCAAGAGUAAUGAAAAAACUACAAAAAGAAAUAACGGAAGUUUUGCAAGAAAGAUCAGUGAUUUCCGAGGAAGAUUUGGAGAGAAUGCAGUAUCUUAAAGCAGUCAUAAAAGAGAGUUGGCGACUACAUCCUCCAGUUCCAACUCUUAUUCCUCGGAAAUCAACACAAGAUGUUAAGCUAAUGGGAUAUGACAUUCCAGCCGGCACACAAGCUAUGAUUAACGUUUGGCAAAUAGGAAGAGAUCCGGCCUUAUGGGAGGAACCUAACGAGUUUAAGCCAGAAAGGUUCUCAAAAAACACUAUUAUUAACUAUAGAGGUCCUACUUUUGAUGUGCUUCCAUUUGGGGCGGGUCGACGAUCAUGCCCAGGUACUCAAUUUGGCGCAGCUGUCAUCGAACUUGCUAUAGCAAAUAUCGUGCAAAAGUUCAACUUUGCGCUGCCAGAUGGAGUUAAAAAUGAGGAUUUGGACAUGACUGACAAAUAUGGUAUUACAGUUCAUAGGAAGUUCCCUUUGCAGGUUAUUGCGAGCCCGCGGUUCUAGUGUUUGUUUUCCUAGCUAGCUAGACUUCCAUAUUAUGCAUGCUAAUAAAUGCAUGAAUUAUUAUCGGGCGAUCAAUAACUAUAAUAAGGAGGAUUCAGAUUUCUCAAGUUAUUAUCAUGCGAUCAAUAGCUAUAUAUAGCGGUCACAUCACAAAAUGAU